CAGUCAAGGCACCCUUUAAAAUUAUGGACAGUCCCGAGGCACCCUUUAUAAUUAUGAACAGUCCCGAGGCACCCUUUAUAAUUAUGAACAGUCCCGAGGCACCCUUUAUAAUUAUGAACAGUCCCGAGGCACCCUUUAUAAUUAUGAACAGUCCCGAGGCACCCUUUAUAAUUAUGAACAGUCCCGAGGCACCCUUUAUAAUUAUGAACAGUCCCGAGGCACCAUUUAUAAUUAUGGACAGUCCCAAGGCACCCUUUAUAAUUAUGGACAGUCCCAAGGCACCCUUUAAAAUUAUGGACAGUCCCAAGGCACCCUUUAAAAUUAUGGACAGUCCCAAGGCACCCUUUAAAAUUAUGGACAGUCCUGAGACGCCCUUUAAUAUUAUGGACGGUCCUGAGCUACCCUAUUCUAAAAUGGGGUGCCUCUAGACUAUCCAUAAUUUUAAAAAGGUACCCCAUUCUAAAAUGUUUUCACAGUUUAGAAUGAGGUGCCCUUUUAAAAUAAUGGACAGUCUAGAGGCACCCCAUUUUAGAAUGGG